CGAUGUUGCCGAAAAUGCCAGCAAAUUUAGUGAUAAUGGCAAGGAGAUAACCUUAUCCACCUCAACCAAAACCAGAAGCUGCCACGAUGGACAAGCUGUGAGAUGCCCUCAAUUUCCACCUCUCAUCCCCUUCUCUCUCCACUCCCACUUCUAUUCCUUAAUCCUCUAAAAACCAACCCUUAUUAAUUCAUUCGAUCACAAACUCAACAACACCAAAUACAUGGCCUCCACCUCCGCACUUUCCAUGGCGGCGCCGGUUGCCCAGAACAGGCAACUCGACACAUUCUUGAAGCCAUUGCCCGUGAGGCCGUCGAGGUUGGUGUCGAAGCCGGCUGUUGGGAAGUUCCAAGUGAGGGCUUCGCUGAAGGAGAAGGCGGUGACGGGGUUGACCGCGGCUGCGCUGACAGCUUCGAUUAUCCUCCCCGACGUGGCGGAGGCGGCCGUCACUCCGUCUCUCAAUAACUUCCUGCUCAGCAUUGGUGCCGGCGGCGUUGUGGGCUUGGCCCUCGUCGGAGCGGUCAUCGCCGUCUCUAACUUCGAUCCUGUCAAGAGGAGCUGAUCAGAAGAUGUGUGUGUGUGUGCGCGCGCUUUCUUCUUUCAGUCGUGGAACCUGUUCAAUUUGUAUUUAUCAAAUAUUUACUUUUAAUUAAUUUUAAACUUAUGGGUGUGCCAUAUUGAUUCUUCAAGAAACACUUUGGGAUUUGAAUAA